GGGCUAAUCAACUUAACCGCUUUGGGCGCACUUGGGGGUCGCACCAGCCAGGUGAGCUCAGCACGCGGACUUGCUUACUUCAUCCACGACUUUAGGGAUAAUCAAGUACCCACGGCACUUGUAUACCACUUGGAAAACCAUCUAGCGUAAACAAUGUAUCCCGGAAGCGAAGAGCUACGUCAAAUCAGGCAGCCUUCAGCACAGGAGACGGCGACAAGAAACGGUACAAGCGAGAAGAGGAAGCAACAGAACAGAGCUGCACAAAAGACGUACCGAGAAAAGCGCAGGCGCAAGCUGCAAGAGCUGGACGAGCUCACCUCCCGAUCUGGACUCAGCGCCAAUGCACCCCCAGACAUGUCGCUAGCCACCCCCCAAAGCAGCACUCCCUUCCCACCCGCAGAAGCCGACACUCUCAACACCACAGAGAAUUCCGAUUGGCUCUUCGACUUCAUCUCCCCAGCCGCCAUCAACCUGCCUCCCCCCACCCCAUACCCAUCCUCAUCCCCCACAGCAUUAACAACAGCGACUAUAACCCGGCGCCUCUCCUUCCCCUCCCUCCCCAGCCCCUCCCUCCGCACCCUCCUCGCCGCCAAAGUCUCCGCCGCUUACACUCCCACCCAAACCCCCCGACCUCCCUUCAAUCCCUACGCCAACAAUCUAUCCCUCUCCACGCUCUCCUUCGCCGCAGGCUUCUUCGCCAACGCGCUCGCCUGCGGUGCCGCAGAGCACAUGUACUGCACGGCCUCGGCGCAGUCGUCGUUCUACCGCCCAGGCAUCACCGACUCGCCCUACGCCGCCACAAUGCUGCUCGCGGUCCAGCGCGCCUUCGACGGCCUGAAGCCCGACCUCCGGCCGACGCCGGUGCAGAUCAUGACGAGCCACCAUCCUGCCAUUGACUUCUUCCCGUUUCCGAGUCUACGCCGAAGGCUGAUUGAGGGGCUGGCGAGGUCGCCGCCGAGCUUGAGCGAGCAGGAGUUUUGGGAGGAUGUGCGGAGUGAUGGGAUGGUGUGGUGGGGGAAUGUCGAGGCGGUCGGGGGUGGGGGUGUGCCGUGGGAUGCGCGGAGCUGGGAGGCGAAGGGGUGGUUUUUGGAGAAGUGGGUGGGGGUGCUGGGGGAGGAGGGCGAUGAGCUUUGGCGGGCGAGUCGAUGGUGGAGGGAGGUGAGGGGGGAGGAGGGGUAG